UGCACAACUGGGUACAUAAAUGCCUGUGGGGCGGUGCGGGAGGGGUGUGUGGCCUGGGUCUUCACAGUCUCUGCAAUGGAUUAGUGCUGGUGUUCUGCUAAUAUGGAUUAAUGCGUAUUUGAAAGCUUAAUUCCAGUUUAAGAACACCUUUUUUUUCAGUGGGAAAGGGGGAGGGCUGAUUUUAAAGAGAAAAUGCGGAGCCCGGAUGUAGGAAGAGAAAGUGAUUUCAAUCUCACCGGAUUGCGGAGUACAGUGUUUCCCCCAUUUUAGCGUGAAAAAAGUUCUCAAAGUCAGCCUAAACACGCUCUCUUCGGUGCCUCAGGAUGGAGAAACUGAGGCAUGGAGACACACCAUGAGCUGUCGAAUGAGUCAUGUGUGAGGAAAAGCAUCAAGGAGUUAUGAACCUCAUUGACCUACUGCCACCGCCAGACUACACUUCUUUCCUUUUCUGCUUGGGAAAAAUAUUAUAUCAUGUUAAUGGGAGUUUGCAUUGUAUAUAAGUUUCAUUUCCUGGUACCCAGUGAUGGAAAAUAGAAGCAGCAGAAUUAGUGAGCUGCUUGUGCAUGCCCUUGACAACCUCUCUCAUGAAAAUUUCAAAAGAUUUAAAGACAAACUCUUGCACUCUAACUUUGAGGGGAAAGGUAACAUCCCCCGAGGUCGGCUGGAGAAUGCCGACAGGAUAGAUACCAAGAACCUCCUGAUGGCAUUCUAUGGUGGAGAGGCUGCAGUAGAUAUAACUAUGGACAUUUUCACACAGAUCAAUCUCAGAGAUUCUGCUUCUAAACUCAGAGAAGAAGGAAGGAAAGAUUGGCGUCCAAAUCAAAAAACUUCAGAGUUGUCGGCUAAAGGUUAUAGGAAGAAGUAUAAAGAAGAUGUUUUUAAGAAGUACAGAGUAAUAAAAGACAUGAACAGUCGUCUUGGUGAGAAUGUGAUUCUAAACACAAGAUACACAAAGCUGACUAUUCUAGACAAACCUCGUCAUGAAAAUGAGAAGGAACAUGAAAUAAUGGCCAUGGGGCGGAGACAUGCAAAAAUCAUGACUAAACAAGCUAGUUCUGUAAUUACUAUAGACACCCUAUUUAAACCUGAUAAAGAUGGACAAACACCACUAAUUGUUGUGCUGCUGGGAGCUGCAGGGAUUGGAAAAACAAUGACAGCAAAAAAGAUCAUGUGCGAUUGGGCAUCUGGAGAACUCUAUAAGGAAAUGUUUGACUUUGUUUUCUACAUAAAUUGUCGGGAAAUGAACCUACUUACUGAGCAGGGAAGUGUGGCUGACCUGAUUUUUAAAAAUUGUUCUAAUACAAAUGCACCGAUUAGAAAGAUUUUGGUGAAGCCAGAAAAACUUCUGUUCUUAAUUGAUGGUUUUGAUGAACUGAGAUUUUCUUUUGACCAGUCAGAAGAUAACUUGUGCUCGGACCCCUGGGAGAAGAAGCCAGUGGAUAUCAUACUGAGCAGUUUAUUUAGGAAAACAGUUCUUCCUGAAAGUUAUUUGAUAAUCACUACAAGGCCAACUGCCCUGGAGAAACUGGGGCAGUGUUUGGAGUGGUCCCGGUAUGCAGAGAUCCUGGGAUUUUCUGAAGCUGAAAGGAGAGAAUAUUUCCACAAGUUCUUUCGAAAUGAAAACCAAGCAAGACAAGCUUUACGAUUUGUGAGAGGAAAUGAAAUUCUCUUCACCAUGUGCUUUGUCCCCAUUGUGUGUUGGAUCAUCUGCACUGUUGUGAAACAGCAGCUUGAAAAAGGUGAGGAUCUUGCACAGACUUCAAAAACAACCACUGGAGUGUAUAUACUCUACCUUUCCAGUUUAGUAAAGCCUCUAAGAAGCAAUAUGAAGCAACAGAUGCAAGCUAAUCUGAGGGGACUUUGCUCCUUGGCUGCUGAUGGAAUCUGGAAACAAAAGAUACUGUUUGAGGAAGAAGAAAUCAAGAAAUAUGGCUUAGAUCAGAGAGACUCUCUUCCUCUCUUUUUGAAUGAGAACGUAUUUCAAAAAGACAUUGAUUGUGUGAGCGUCUAUAGCUUCAUUCACUUAAGUUUUCAAGAGUUUUUUGCAGCUUUAUUUUAUGUCUUGGAGAAAGAUGAAGAAACAAGAAAUGAUUCAGGGACUCCCAAGAAAGAUGUAAAAACAUUAUUAGAAAACUAUGGAAACUCUAGAAAUUAUUUAAUGUUAACAGUGCGAUUCCUGUUUGGGCUCUUAAAUGAAGAAAGAAUGAAGGACAUGGAGAAAAUAAUUGGCUGUAAAAUUUCACCUAAAAUUAAACCAGAUUUACUGAAGUGGGUUCAAGCAAAACAACAAACAGAUUUAUUUCCUUUUAGUCCCACUGAGUAUGAUGUGGAGAUGUACGAGCAUGAUGUGUUUCACUGUUUGUAUGAGAUCCAAGAACAAAAGUUUGUGAAAAGUGCACUGGAUUUCACUGAAGUAAAGUUAAAUCAAAAUAAAUUUACCCAAAUGGAUCAAAUGGUUCUUUCAUUUUGUAUAAAGAAUUGUCAUAGGCUGGAGUCACUUUAUGUGAAUUGCUGUGAAUUUAUGUUUGAAGACCACGAGGAAGAACUUCCAACACCAGCAAAUGGGUUAUAUCAGGAACAGCAUCAGGAUGUUCUGAAGUAUUCUUCUAUUUACCUGCUCUGUCAAGCGCUGAAGGAUCCAAACUGUAAAUUAAAGAAACUACACUUGGAGAGUUGUGGUCUCACCGCAGCUUGUUGCAGGGAUCUCUCCUCUGUUCUCAGUACCAAACCAACCCUGACAGAGUUGAACCUGGAGGGGAACAACCUGGGAGAUUCUGGACUGAGGCUGCUGUGCGAGGGACUGAAACAUCCAGCCUGCAACCUUCAGAAACUGCGGUUGUGGUAUUGUCAUCUCACAGCUGAUGGUUGCAGGGAUCUCUCCUCUGCUCUCAGAACUAACCAGAGUCUUUUAGAGCUAGACCUGGGACACAAUAAACUGAGAGAUCCAGGAGUGCAGCUGCUGUGCGAAGGACUGACACAUCCCAAAUGCAAACUGCACAAAAUAAGAUUGAGGUGUUGCGAACUUGCUGGUGCUUGUUGUGGGGACCUCUCCUCUGUGCUCAGGGCCAACCCAUUCCUGACAGACCUGGAACUGAGUGAUAAUGAACUGGGAGAUACGGGAGCGCAGCUGCUGUGUGAAGGUCUAAAGCAUCCAAACUGCAAGCUGCAGAGACUGCGCUUGGUGGACUGUGGACUCACAGCUGCUUGUUGUGGGGCUCUCUCCUCUGCUCUCAGAGCCAACAAGACCCUGACAGAGCUGGACCUGUGGAGGAACAAACUGGAAGAUAGCGGAGUGAGGCUGCUGUGUGAGGGACUGAAACAUCCUAACUGCAAACUGCAGAAACUACAGUUGAGGAUUUGCAGUCUCACAGUUGCUUGUUGUGGGAAUCUCUCUUCUGUUCUCAGCACCAGCCAGACCCUGACAGAGAUGGAACUGUGGGGGAAUGAACUGGGAGAUUCUGGAGUACAGCUGCUGUGUGAGGGAUUGAAACAUCCAGACUGUAAACUGCAGAAAUUAUGGUUGUCAGAUUGUGAUCUCACAGCUAUUUGUUGUGAGGAUCUCUCCUCUGCUCUUGCAAUCAACCAGACUCUGACAGAGCUGGACCUGGGAGAAAACAAACUCAGAGAUUCCGGAGUGCAGCUGCUGUGUGAGGGACUGAAAUAUCCAAACUGCAAACUGCAGAAACUAGGGUUGUCUGACUGUGGUCUCACAGCUGCCUGCUGUGGGGCUCUCUCCUCCGUUCUCAGCACCAGCCAGACUCUGACAGAUCUGAACCUGUGGAAAAACAAGCUGGGAGAUUCAGGAGUGCAGCUGCUGUGUGAGGGACUGAAACAUCCACACUGCAAACUGCAGAAAAUACAGUUGUCCGAUUGUGCUCUCACGGCUGCUUGUUGUGGGCAUCUCUCGUCUGCCCUCAGCGUCAGCCAGAGCCUGACAGAGCUGAUCCUGUGGAAGAUCAGCCUGGGGGAUUCCGGAGGGCAGCUGCUGUGUGAGGGACUGAAACAUCCAAAUUGCAAACUGGAGAAACUAUCAUUGGGGGAUUGUGAUUUUACAGCUGCUUGUUGCAGGGAGCUCUCCUCUGCUCUCAGCACCAACCAGACCCUGAGGGAGCUGAAUCUGCAGGAGAAAAAAAUGGGACACUUUGGCAUGAAGCUGCUGUGUGAGGGACUGAAACAUCCCACCUGCAAACUGCAGAAAGUGUGCUUGUCCCAGCACAGUGUUAAUGAAGAAACAAGACCAGAGCUGUAUGCUGUGAAAGUGAUAAAACCUGUUCUGGUCAUAGAGAUAUGGUAGGGUUUGAGCAGAAACCAGUGCAGCUCUGGCCUGGCUGCCCUUCCACUAGCUGGGACAGCAGCCAGCCAGUGGGGGGACCUUCCCCUUUUUAGAGGGACCCCUGCAACCUCCAGUGUCUUCAGCAGCAUAUUUUAGCAUCUAUGACAUGGGGCUGGGUAAAGAUUGUCUGGGCCAACCCUACUGCCUGCGGGCAAGAGACUCAGGAGUAGGAGCUGGGUUUGAUCUUGGAUGGACCUUGCUUGGAUGGACCUUGGAGGAGUUAAUGGGUUGGGGUGGGAAGGAAGGAGGGAUGAAGGGGAUCAGGGCCUAGGGGAGGAACAAAUGUGGGAUCGUGAGAUGGAGGAGUCUGGUAGCCAUCCCCUUUCAGUGUCUGUCGGUGCAGGGGAGAGACUCAAGAACCAUCCUUGAAUCCGGAGGGGAAUUUUCUUCCUUUCCAACAGUUCUUUCAUUUGGACCCCAACCCAUAGUUAUGAAAUUUGCAUUUUUUGUAUCUGGGUCCAACAUUUGUUUUUCCUGGAUGUACGUUUCAGUUUUGAUGAGUUCAAUAAAUACCAUGAACCAA